CUCUACCACUCCUCCCGCGCUGUGGAACCUGCCACCCGGCCGCUGGUUGCACUCACGCGCUGUGUCGGCCACUUUCACAAGCACGCGCGGUUGCUCACAUGCCCGCCAAGUGGCAGUGCGGAACACUCCAUCGCGUCAUCCUCGUCCGCAUGCAAGCCCCAGCGCCAUGGUCGAUGCAUCGAUGCAUCAUGGCAUGACUGCUGACGGUCGACCGCUGAUCCGCGAUGGACCUUCCUCGCAGUCCCAGUCCCAUCUCGCGCCUUUCGCGAUUGGGUAAAAUUAACCUCGCGCCGGGCCGUUGGUCGCGUUCGAUGGUUCUAGAAUCGUAACCGGAUAGCCCUUCGACAUACAAACGCGUUGCUGGCUUAUCCGGAUGUCCGGUGAGGUGCGUGUUCCGGCGCACUUAGUCGGUGGCCUGUGCCCCCCGUUGGUUAUUUUCCGUUUUAGUCACUGGGCGAGAGAUGGCUCUGAAGCGUAUCAACAAGGAACUGCAGGACCUCGGGAAGGACCCGCCGGCCAACUGCUCGGCCGGCCCCGUCGGCGACGACCUCUUCCACUGGCAGGCGACCAUCAUGGGCCCGGAAGACUCGCCGUACGCGGGUGGCGUCUACUUCCUCAACAUCCACUUCCCGGCAGAUUACCCGUUCAAGCCGCCGAAAGUCAACUUCACGACGCGCAUCUACCACUGCAACAUCAACGCCAACGGUGGCAUCUGCUUAGACAUCCUCAAGGACCAGUGGAGCCCCGCGCUCACGAUCUCGAAGGUCCUCCUCUCGAUUUGCUCGCUGCUCACGGACGCUAACCCCGACGACCCGCUCGUGCCCGAGAUUGCGCAGAUUUAUAGAACCGACCGCGCCCGCCACGAUGGCACGGCACGGGAGUGGACGGCCAAGUACGCCAUGUAAUCCUGCGCUGCUACACCUGGAGAUGCAACCGCUGCCAUUGCGCCGUGCUUGACGGCCUGUAUGGUCUAACGACGAUGUUAAUGGGAGUGCUUUGAACUCCAGCAACAUGGAAAUGGUUUUGUAUCUUUGCCCCGUGCCACGUGCGCCUGCCACGUCCAGCGACACGCGCGCUGCGCACCGCGCUGCCCUGACCGCACAUGCGUCGCC